UGGUGCGCGCAUCUCCCUUUCCCCCUACUUGUUCACAUAGCUAGUGGCUGAUACAUACAUUCCACACCCCAGAUGGCCGGCCCCUCCAUGCUCCCCACCUUCGACCACACCGGCGAGGUCGUGAUCGAGUCACGUCUCGGCGCACCCUACGACCGCCGUACCCUGGCUCGCGGCGAGCUCGUGUCCUUCUACUCCCCCCUCGACCCUAUGCGCCUCGUCUGCAAGCGCGUUCUGGGACUGCCAGGUGACGUCGUAUGCGUGGACCCCAGCGGGAAGUACGCCCCAUCAGACGAGCACGUCGUGGUGCCCGAGGGGCAUGUGUGGCUAGCUGGGGACAAUCUUGCGUGGUCGAGGGAUUCCAGGGUGUAUGGGCCGGUGCCUAUGAGCUUGAUAGCGGGAAAGAUUAAGGCGAGGGUGAGUGGUGUGCGUUGUUACAACGAGGGCCGGGCUGAUUCGAAUAUGUCCACGCAGAUAUGGCCACUUUUCAAGCCGAUACCAGAAUGGCCGACAGGGAGGACUACAUAGGGCGCCUACUGCUGGAAGUUGACCGAGUACCCUCCCUGCGGAUUCUGCUCGAACUUGAAGUUGUCGGUUGACAGGCCGAAGUACCCGAGGACGCUGUUGCCCAAGCCCUUUAGCUUGCCCAUCAUUUCGUCCAUUUCGUCCUUUUGCGCGGCCUCGAGCC